AAAAAAAAGCCAAACAUGGCGGUAAAAAAUGUCCAGUUAGUGGCCCACAAGAGGUCUGGUAAUAAUUCCGGAAACCCUUUCCGUACCAAUAGCGAAAAUCAGCAUGGAAAACCAGUCUGGACCAACAGCCUGUGGACUACUAGCACAGAAUCCCAUUCCGUGUCAAAAUCGUGUCAGCCGGUCCUGUCGGGCAGCAUGGCCUCUGAGGAGGACGACGCUCUGCUGUUUCUCAUUUACCAGCAUCUGAAGGUGAACGGCUACCAGAAAGCUGCCAAGGUGCUGGAAAAACACGUUACUCAGGUGGAGACACCUGAGGAGAGCUCCAAUCUACAUGAUAUCUACACAGGCUGGAUGAAGCUGUGCUCACUAGCCCAGGAUGCCAAGCAGGAGACCGAGGACUCCAUCACUUUGAAGAAGAAGAGCAUCAAACCAGAACCAGCCACCAGCGAAGAAGAAGAGGGUGUGGAAACUAAGCUCUCCAACAUCACAGAAGCAGAUAAUGUAGAUGCCAAACCUACACUUGAGUCCAUGACAGAUGUUGCCGAGUCAUCCCAUGCAGAGCUCCCCUGUGUGGGGAAAGACAGCGAGACUGUCUCUGAGCAGCUGCUGGAUCCUGCAAGUACAACCAAACCAACAAACUUGGAUAAGAAGAAAUCCAAAUCCUCUGGCGAUGAAGAGGAAAAAGAAAAGACAGAGGAGGAGGGAACAAAAGUGGGGCAAGAGUCCAGACUGAGGUCUAGCUCUGACGCGUCGGACUCUGAGGAAGCGGUCGAACCCACCCAGGUCGACCCUGACCAAGCUGCUCCUGAGCUCAAGGUCCCCGAUGCAGCUGAGGCCUCGGGCUCAGACAGCAAGAGCAGCGAGGAACGCAAAGAGGACGACGAUGAGCCGAAGCAGGAGCCAGAAGCUGCCACGGACGCCUCCGAGGUCGCGGAUGAAACCUCUGCAUCAUCAUCGGAGCAGACAGCCGUCGAUCAAACAGAAGCCACGUCUGCCGGUACUCAAGAGGCCAGCGAGGUUGAGACGGAGGAAGGCGGCGCUGCAGAGAAGCCCGGCCAAGCCGAGCCUCAGGAGACCAAUGAGCAGCCGGCGGAGAGCGAAGCCCCGCCCCCUGCAGACCCUGAUGGUGACUCCACAUCUGAGAAUUUAAAAGAAGAAGAAGAAGAGGACAAAUCUAAGAGGACAGAGGACGGUGACCUCACAUCCCCGCUGAAGCCUGAGGACCAGACGGAGACGCCAACAACCCCAGAAGAGCAAGACGGCACUGAUGCUGAAAAGGCGACGGCGGCGGAUGCGGAGGAACCAGCAGACCCGGACGCCUCCAUCAUCCUCAACAUCCAAGUGGAAGACGGUGAAGCGGCAGAGCGAAAAACCAGCCAGCUGCUCCCCGAGGAGACUGCUGACUCCUGCAAAACUGCCAAGAAGAAGAAAAAGAAGAACAAAAAGGACGCGGAUACGCCAACCACAGACACGACCAGCACAGACACAUCUGCCGUAGACACACCCAGCGAUGCUCCUCUCUCCACCAAGACUGGCAAGAAGAAAAAGAGAGACAAAAAGAGACAGCAGCAGCAGCAGCAGCAGCAGGAGGAGGAGGAGGAGGAGCAGCAGGAGGAAGAAGUGGUGGUUGAGGAUCAGAAGAAAGAAGAGGAAGAGGAUGUUUCUCAGGCCACUCCAUCAGAGAAGAAGAAGAAAGCUAAGAAGAGGAAAAGGGAGAGAGCUGAAGUGGAGGAGAAAGACGAGGAGACUCCAGUUACACCUUCUGAAAUUAAAACCAAGAAGAAAAAGAAGGUUGUAGAUGUAGAAGAGGAGGCUGUAGGAGUGGUGGAGGAAGAGGAGGAGGAGAAACAGGCGGAGGAUGUUGUGUGUCCAGUAGAGACGGUGGAGGAGAAAAAGAAGAAGAAAAAAAAGAGAAAGAAGGAAGGUCAGGAGAAAGAGGAGCUGCAGUCUGACGAAAGACCAGCAGAGGGCGACGAAGACGAAGAAAAGACACUGGAGACCACAGAUGGAAACUCCUCUCAGCUCUCCUCGGCCAAAAAGAAACACCGUCUCAGGAAGAAACUCAGCCUGAGGAAGAGGUUAAGGCUCCAGAAGAGAGACCUCACAGGCAGAAAGAAACAAAAACAGAUUCAAGACAAAGCGGAGGAGACUCCUCGACCAAAACCAUCCAAAAGACCCCAGUCUGACCUGGAACCUGCUCCAGAGGAGGACGACACACCAAAGAAGAAGAAGAAAAAGAUCAAAAUGAACACUGAACAAGAAGAGAAUUCCUCAAAAGAAAACCAACCUCCAAAGACAAAGAAGAAGAAAAAGAGCAGCUUGGAGACGGAGGAGGAGGAGAAGGAAGGAGGCGCGGUGAGUGACCAGAACGACGAUGAGCUUCCUGAAGCCGUCUCGUCUCCGCCUUCAAAGGAGGGGAAGAAGAAGAAGAAGAAGAAAAAAACGAAGCCUGCUAAAGUCGAGGAGACGAUGGAAAACUCAGCUCCCAUCACACCAAGCCAUGACGUACCUGCUAAGAAAAAAAAAAAGAACAGACUAAAGGAGAAACUGGAGGAGACAGAAGCUGCUCCAGAUGGAGACACUCCGACAACAACUGCCUCUACGAAAAAGAAGUCUCCCAAAAAGAAAAUCGUCUUUGAAUAGAUUUGGUGUUUUCUCUGAUCUGACAUCAGUGGAGGAUGAUUGUAACUUGGACCUGAAAGACCAUAAAUAACAAGACAAUCUGGAUAAUGUUAGUGCCUUUUUACUCCCGAUGUGUCUGCGUUGAGAUGAAAGGAUUUCCCUCCUCGGAUACAGAUUUUCUGAGGGAUCGUCAGGUUUCGAUGUCCUUUUUUGUUCUAAAACUGUGAAAACAAUACAAGUCGCAUCCAUAUA